AUGAUAACCAAAACAAAUUGCAAGGGUGAGUAUACUAAUGUAGACCCAAACGAUGCACCUUGUGUGGAAGACCUUGAAGAAGUCACUGAGAGUUAUAACUAUUUAUUCGCCUUCAUUUGGGCUAAUGAUAAAAUUGUCCAAGAUGCUCUAAACAUUCGAGAGGGAACAAUAAAGGAUUGGGAAAGAUGCAAUCAGAGCUUAUCUAGCAGUUAUACUGAUGACGUUAGCUCUAGUGUUGACUAUCAUCGAAACCUCACCAAGAAAAACCUUAGAGCACUGGUUUACAGUGGUGAUCAUGACAUGCUUGUUCCAUAUGUGGGCACUCAAGAAUGGAUAAGAUCUCUAAAUUUGAGUGUUGACUACAAUUGGAGACCAUGGUUGGUCAAUGCCCAAGUUGCAGGGUACACGGAAGCAUAUACAAAGAAAGCGUACACUUUGACAUUUGCGACUGUAAAGGCAAGAACAGGAGAUCCUGCAUAA